AUGUCUCCCGAGAAUUUUGCAACUACAGCUUACAUGUUCCUGGUCUCAGUUGUAGGUUCGGCGGGAAAUGUACUUGUCAUUUUAGCCAUUGUGCACAAGCGAAGGCUGAGGACCAUUCCGAAUUAUUUCCUCUUCAAUUUGGCCGUUUGUGACUUACUCAACUGCUCUUUGGCUAUUCCACUGCGUCUUGUGGAAGGCUUUCAACCUGGCUCGAUUCCUUGUAGCGUAGUGAUAGCCUUAACGGUACUUUUCGACGGUUUGUCACGAUUGAACAUAAUAUUUAUUAGCAUUGACAGAUUCAUAGCGAUUAAGUAUCCUCUCGGUUAUAGCUUGUCUAUGACACACAAAAAUGCAACUGCUUUAAUAACAAGUGGAUGGCUAAUCAUGGUCGUCUUCUCCAUUCUGCCAGUUAUGGGUGUUGGCUCUGCCCCAACGGAGAUCCUCUCUAACAACCAAGGGCUGUGUUUCUUCUCGACUAACCUGUCCAAAGCAUAUCUGCUGGUUUUCCUCAUAGCUCUCUGUUUGCUACCACUGAUUCUAGCCACGCUGAUCAACUUUUUCCUUCUCAAGACGAGCCACAGGCAAAUGAGAGUGAUUCACGAUCAGCAAGCAAACAUAGAGAGUGGAACUGUCGAAAAUAACAGCCUCGAAAUCAGUGCCACUAACACGAACGUAACAUUCUCCACCAACGGUGAAGGUACAUCUAGUCUUGAAGUUCGACACUACAAACGCAAAAUACAUGCAUUAAGACAGAGAAAAGUUGUAAAAAUGGUUAUAAUUUUAGUUGGUUUAUUUAUUAUCCUCGUGCUUCCCAUCACACUGAUUGAUCUUGUCACUGCUUUUGGAGAGUCUGGUGUACCGCCUUUGGUCGCUAAGAUAGCAGUGAGUAUGAUCUAUACAAACGCUACUGUUAACGUCUUUGUUUACGCCGGGUUUAUCGGGGAAUUUCGACGAGCAUUUAGUCAAUUAAUUCGAGCUGGUAGAGCACGGUUUGUAAGCCCUUUUCAAUUUGCUAAAUGUUGA